GUGGUGUGCUUUUUGACUUUUGGGCUCCUAGAAAGAAUCGUUCUUUCUUCUUUUCCACUGGAAAGAGAAGGAAUCCUAUAAAGUGAAUGAAAGGGAAACUGUUUGGUAGCAUCAUUAGUCAAAUUAAGCUCUCUUCAAGGGAUACGUGUAUCUUGAUUUGGUAGUAUGAACCCUUGAAGAGAGAAUAUAAUGAAAAGAUGGUUUUUAUUAGAAGAAAGUAACUUGAGAAUAUGAAGGAGACAACUAGCAAAGAAAGGUAGUCAUUGCCUUGAAACAAGCUGGCUAAAAAGAAUACUUUGUCGAAGAAGAUGAGAAGAAAUACGCUCUCUGUUACGGGCAGCAUUUUCUAGUGGACACGAAGCCCUAUCCCUGAGAAGCAAAGAAAUAUGGUGUAAUAUUCUUGUAAGGAGUUUGUUGCAGCAAUGGGAUCGAACCAGAACCUUAGAGAGCUCCAAUGGCUUCUUCAAAUGAUCAAAUCCGAAAGCUUCAAUCCUCAAAGCAUUUCUUUCUACCUUUCUCAACGAACUUCAGGCUGUUACCAAGAAACAGAAAACUCUGUCAACAUAAACAUUUCAGAGGACAGCCUUUCAUACUUCUCUAACAUCCUCUCAGACCUAGGCACAGCCAAAAACAUUCAAUCAUCUUUAAGGAACCUGGAGUUUCAUCGUGUAGAGUGGGGAUUAGAACAGCUAGUAUACCUUGGAAUAUUGCUUCAGAAUAGCUCGAACAUCAAGCAACUUGUGUUUCGGCUGAAUAGAUUCAAUAUAGAGUGCUUAUCUGAGCUUUGUGAGGUCUUGAAGAGAAAUAGAGUGAUCAAAGAAAUUAUGAUUUCUGAAUCAGGUAUAGGUCCAGUUGGGGCUGGCCUUAUAGCUUCUGCUCUUAAGCUAAACGAGAGCUUGGAGGAGUUGCAGAUAUGGGAAGACUCAAUUGGUUCGAAAGGUGCUGAGGAGCUCUCAAAGAUGAUUGAAGUGAACUCAACACUUAAACUUCUGACAAUUUUCGAUUCACACCCUAUAACAGCGGCUUCACUUAUAUCAGCUGUUUUAGCAAGAAAUAGGGCAAUGGAGGUUCAUGUCUGGAGUGGAGAAAAUGGGGAGAGCAGUUCCAAGGUAGUGGAGUUUGUACCUGACAACAGCACACUUCGAAUUUACAGGCUACACCUCUCAGGUGCUGUCAGGGUUGCUUGCUCUCUAGGAUGGAACUCCACAGUGAAGUCACUUGACAUGACUGGAGUCCGGCUGAAAUCACGGUGGGCUAAGGAGUUUCGAUGGGUUUUGGAACAAAAUCGGAGCCUUAAGGAGGUAAGAUUGUCAAAAACCAGCCUUAAGGACAAAGGGGUCGUGUACGUUGCUGCUGGACUCUUCAAGAAUCAGUGUUUGGAAAGCUUGUAUCUUGAUGGAAACUGGUUCAGUGGAAUAGGUGUAGAGCAUUUGCUAUGCCCUCUGAGCAGGUUCUCGGCCUUGCAAUACCAAGCCAACAUUACUCUCAAGUCUGUGACCUUUGGAGGAGGGAAAACAAGGAUUGGAAGGGAUGGGCUCGCAUCAAUCAUGCAGAUGCUGACAACAAAUGAGAGUGUGAUUAAGUUGGGAAUAUAUGAUGAUGAGAGCUUGGGAGCAGAUGAUUUUGUCAAAAUCUUCAAGAGCUUAGAGAGGAAUGCGACUUUGAGAUAUUUGUCAUUGCAAGGUUGUAGAGGGGUUCGAGGAGAUGUGGUACUCGAUACAAUAAUGCAGACAUUGCAGGUGAAUCCUUGGAUUGAAGACAUUGAUCUUGCGAGAACACCACUGCAGAAUUCAGGGAAGGCUGAUGGAAUUUAUCAAAGGUUAGGCCAGAAUGGAAAGACUGAACUAGAAACAGAUACAGAUUUGUUCAAGGACAUGCCACUCACUGAGCCAAAAAGCUGCAGGGUUUUCUUCUGUGGGCAAGAAUAUGCAGGCAAGACUGCCCUUUGUAAUUCAAUAUCUCAGAACUUCUCCUCCUCGAAGCUUCCCUACAUAGACCAGGUUAGAAAUCUAGUGAACCCAGUUGAACAGGCUGUAAGAGCAAGCGGAAUGAAGAUAAAGACUUUUAGAGAUGAAGGCACAAAGAUAUCAAUAUGGAAUCUUGGUGGUCAGCAUGAUUUUUACUCCCUCCAUGAUCUCAUGUUUCCAGGGCAUGGGAGUGCAUCAUUCUUCCUGAUCAUAUCCAGUUUAUUCAGAAAGCCUAACAACCGAGAGCCAAAGACACCAGCAGAGAUAGAAGAGGACCUGCAAUAUUGGCUCAGGUUCAUUGUUUCCAACUCAAGAAGAGCACUCCAGCAAUGCAUGCUGCCCAAUGUAACUAUAGUUCUUACACAUUUUGAUAAAAUCAAUCAACCGUCACAAAACUUGCAGCUUGCAGUGAAUUCAAUUCAGAGAGUAAGAGACAAGUUUCAAGGGUUUAUCGACUUCUAUCCCACUGUAUUCACAGUUGAUGCGAGAUCCUCUGCAUCGGUCAGUAAACUCACUCAUCAUCUUCGGAAGACAAGCAAGACAAUUCUCCAAAGAGUGCCCAGAGUUUAUCAACUUUGCAAUGACCUGAUUCAAAUUUUGUCAGACUGGAGAGCGGAGAAUUACAACAAGCUUGCAAUGAAGUGGAAAGAAUUUGAUGAGCUAUGCCAAGUGAAGGUUCCACCACUGAGAAUUCGAUCAAGACAUGAUAAUAAAGGGAAGGUGGAAAUGAGGAGGAAGGCUGUUGCUAUUUGCCUUCAUCAUAUGGGUGAGGUGAUAUAUUUUGACGAACUAGGCUUCCUGAUCCUAGACUGUGAUUGGUUCUGUAGUGAUGUGCUUGGCCAACUAGUAAAAUUAGAUGUUAGAAAGCAAAGCUCCAUGGAGAACGGAUUCGUUAGCAGAAAUGAAGUGGAGAAGAUUCUGAGAGGAAGUUUGCAAAGUCAAAUUCCUGGAAUGAGUUCAAAAGUACUUGAAAACAUAGAGGCCAGUGACCUUGUGAUGAUGAUGCUGAAACUAGAACUAUGUUAUGAACAAAACCCAUCAGAUCCAAACUCCCUGCUACUUAUCCCCUCAAUUCUUGAAGAAGGCAGAGGGAAACCCCAGAGAUGGCAGUUAAGCACAGCUGACUGCGUUUAUGCCGGGCGGCAUCUUGAGUGUGAUGAUUCAAGCCACACAUUUCUCACACCAGGCUUCUUUCCUCGUUUACAGGUUCAUCUUCAUAACAGAAUUAUGGCACUAAGGAACCAACAUGGAGCAACUUACAGUCUGGAGAAGUACCUCAUCUCAAUAAAUAUCAAUGGGAUCUUCAUUAGGGUGGAACUUGGAGGACAUUUAGGACACUACAUUGAUGUUCUUGCUUGCUCCACCAAGAACUUGACAGAAACCAUUAGACUCACUCAGCAACUAAUAAUUCCAGCAAUCCAGAGUUUCUGUAAUGGAUUCACCUUGACUGAAAACAUCAUGAGGCCUGAAUGUGUGCAAAACUUGACACCCCCGAGGUAUAGGAAAACCCAACAUGUGUCUCUGCAGCAAUUGAAGCAGGCACUGCUCUCAGUACCUGCAGAAAGCAUGUAUGAUUAUCAACACACUUGGGAUCCAGUUUCGGACUCUGGAAGACCUGUUCUUAGACCUGGAUUUGAUUUGGCUCGGGACCUCCUGUCAGAUGAUGACUUCAGGGAAGUAUUGCACCGUAGAUAUAAUGACCUGUAUAACCUUGCUGUGGAGUUGGAUGUCCCGCCAGAUAAUCCAGAUGGAGGAGAUCACACAGGCAAUGAACCUGAGAAAGUUGAUCCAAGCUUUGCUGGAAUCGCAAAGGGGGUAGAACAAGUGUUGCAGAGACUCAAGAUCAUUGAACAAGAGAUAAAAGAUUUGAAGCAGGAGAUACAAGGACUGAAAUACUAUGAACACAGGCUCCUCAAUGAACUUCAUCGCAAAGUGAAUUACCUUGUGAACUACAAUAUCCAAGUUGAAGAAAGGAAAGUGCCUAACAUGUUCUUUUUUGUUAGAACAGAAAACUACUCGAGAAGAUUGAUCACCAACAUGAUUUCUGGAAUGACUGCACUUCGGCUGCACAUGUUAUGUGAAUUCAGGGGAGAAAUGCAUGUUGUUGAAGAUCAGAUUGGUUGUGAAAUGAUGCAGGUUGAUAACAUGGCAGUAAAGAGUUUGGCUCCAUACAUGAAGAAAUUCAUGAAAUUGUUAACAUUUGCUCUCAAGAUCGGAGCCCAUCUGGCAGCUGGAAUGGGAGAGAUGAUACCAGAUUUGAGCAGAGAAGUUUCCCAUCUGUCCGGCUCUUCCCUUAUGUACGGGGCAGCAGGAACAGUUGCUGCUGGAGCUGUAGGGGCUGCAGCUCUGGGGCGAAUACAAGGAAGUAGGAACAGAAGCAGGGCUGCAGAAAGCUCAAGAAACAUUCAACAAGACGUAAAGGCAGCACAGCAGUGGGUGGUGGAUUUUUUAAGGGACCGUAGGUGCUCGACUGGAAAGGAUAUUGCCGAGAAGUUUGGAUUGUGGAGGGUUAGAUACAGGGAUGAUGGGCAGAUAGCAUGGAUCUGUAGGAGGCAUAUGGCCAUAAGGUGCAAUGAAAUAAUUGAAGUACCUAUUUGAAAUUUCUUCAGAAGCCUGAAAGAUUGGAAAUGGAGUUUCUCAUUCUUGUUUUUCUUCAUCAUCCAUGCAUGCUAUGUUGUCUUGUUGAGUAAAUUCCAGUUUAUAGAAAUUCUCUAAUAAAAUAUUGGUUAUUUAAUGGUUA